CGAAAAACAAGUUUUCUCAUGCAUAAUGAUUAAAAUUCAGUGACUUAUUUUUAAGAAAUUUUAAACUUCUCUCAGUUUACACAAUGAAACUGGUAUUUUUAGUGUUCAUUUUAGUUGCAGUAAGUGGAGGAACGAAAUUGCCAUCAAAUUUCAAGAAAUGUAACCGAAGUCAACCCGAUUUGGCACAAUGUGUUCUUGAAGCUGCCCGUCGUGGAUUGGCUCAAUUGACAAAACCGUACAAAAAAAUUCGACUUCCGAGUUUGGAACCACUGGAAGUGGUUGAGUUUUCGGCACAUGUUGAGACACGCUUGCUGAAUUUUAGCGAAAAGUUGCGAAAUUGUAAAUUUUGGGGCUUACUCGGGGAGUUUUGGAAAGUUUUGAAUUCAAUUUAAGCGAGAAAUUUAUCAAAUCACAGUUAUUUCUCCCCGAAGUGAGAACAAAAUGUUUGUAUAAAAUAGAUGGGACAAUUAUGUUUGUUUCGAUUAAGGGAGAAGGAAACAGUGCGCUGAUUUUCAGUAA